CGAAACGGCUGCAACAUUAAUUGGUAGAAGUAGAAAUAAUUCGGUUUCAACCGCCAGGCCCCUUCCAAAUCCAUAUCUGUAUCCGUAUCCAUAUCCAUAUCCGAUCCAUGAUCCAUAAUCCAUGACCAUAUCCCAUACUCAUAUCAGUAUCCCAAGCCCCAUCAACGGAUCGAAUCCCGGUCUACCAGUGACUCAGGAAGCAAAAAACCCGACCACCAUUCAACGAAAACCGAGAAAAAAGGAGAAAACAAACAUAUGGCGCACGAAGCCUCUAUGUCAAAAUCAAGUAUCGUACCCAAGACCCCCACCGACGCUCUCACCAACCACCCGAAGGAUAGUGUUGAAUAAAAUCCUCUGUGCUUUUCCUCCCACUCUUGACAAGUCGAGUGCGUCGAGAACGGUCGAAUUUUGAUUUUUGGAAACGCGCAGAGAUGAAUCGUCGCUUUGUGAAUCGAAAAUUUUUGGCAAAAAUG